UCCUGCAGCGUGGAGUGAGUAGUUACUCCCUCAGCAGACAGCAGCAGGACCUGAGGAAACCAUGCGGGUGGAACUGGUGUGUGUGGCUCUGGCCACCCUGGCUGUCUCCUUCCCCUCACCGUCUGACGGAGCGCCACUACAGGUGUUGUCUGCUCCUAACGUGCUGCGUGUGGGCAGCAAGGAGAACGUGUUUGUGGAGAUGCAGGACCACUCAGGGGGUCCGUUCAUGGUCACGGUCGUGAUCAAGAACCAUCCCACCAAGACCAAAAAACUGUUUGAAAAAGAUGUGCAACUAAACUCAGACAACCAAUUCCAGAGCUUAGUCGAAGUCUUUAUCCCCGAGGAGGACUACAUCAAUAUGGACGACAGAGACAAGCAGUACGUCUAUCUGGAGGCGCGUUUCCCCACGGGAACACUGGAGAAGGUGGUGCUGGCCUCCUUCCAGGCAGGGUACAUCUUCAUCCAGACAGACAAACCCAUCUACAACCCCGGAACCACAGUCUUAUACAGGGCGCUUGCUGUGACCCCUAGAAUGGAGCCUUUGACCAAAGAUCAGUUUGCACAGGAUAAAGACAUCUCUAUCGACAUUGAUGUUGUGACUCCAGAGAACAUCACCAUCCUCAGGAAAACAUUAACACCAGACAAGGGGAUGAAAUCUGGGGACUUCAAGCUUCCAGAUAUUGUCAGUCCCGGUGUGUGGCAGUUGGUGAGCAGGUUCCAGGCCACCCCACAGAGGACCUUCACCACAGAGUUUGAGGUCAAAGAAUACGUUCUGCCCAGUUUCGAGGUGAAGGUGGAGCCUAGGGAGACCUUCUUCUACGUCGAUGAUGAAAGUUUGCAUGUUGACCUCAGAGCGAGGUAUCUGUUUGGGAAGGAGGUGAAUGGUGUGGCCUAUGUGAUGUUUGGGGUGGUGAAAGGAGGGAAUAAACACAGUUUCCCUUCUUCCCUUCAGAGAGUAGAGAUCCAGAAUGGCAAAGGAGAGGCAGUGUUGAACAGAGAUGACAUCAUACGUACCUUCAAAGAGAUCAAAGAUUUGGUCUCCCAAUCAAUAUACAUAUCAGUCAAGGUGUUGACUGAGAGCGGUGGAGAGAUGGUGGAGGCAGAGAAAGGUGGCAUCCAGAUUGUUGAGUCCCCCUAUACCAUCUACUUCAAACACACCCCCAAGUUCUUCAAACCAGGGAUGCCUUUCAAUGUUAAGGUUUACGUCACGAAACCUGAUCAGACACCGGCUAAGAAAGUCAAACUGGAGGUUUUACCUGACGGAGGUUCAACCCUUACGAGCGACCAAGGCAUCGCCGUGGCAACAGUCAACACCGACCAGAGCGGAUCAAUGACAAUCACUGUUAAGACCAACGAUCCAGACAUCAAACCACAGAACAGACAGGCUACUGCCACACUUGACAUCAGUCCCUACAAGUCCAACACCAAAAACCUGCUGCAUCUAUCAGUCAGCACCAAGGAUGAAAACAUGCAGGUGGACAUGACUUUUGGAGCAGGACCAUCUGACAUGGAUAUCACCAUAUUGAUCUUGAGCCGGGGUCAGCUGGUGGAAUCAAUCAGGAAGCAACGGAAAGGGCAACAGCCAAUCCUGUCCUCCACAAUAGCGGUUACCAAGUACAUGAAGCCCUCAUUCCGUAUAGUGGCGUACUACCACGUGGGCACUAACGAGGUGGUGUCCGACUCUGUCUGGGUGGAAGUCCAGACCUCUUGUAUGGGCACGUUGAAAGUCGAGGCAACCAGACCAACAUCAUCAUACCUGCCCGGUGACAACUUUCAACUGAAGAUCACUGGAGACCCUGGGGCCAAAGUGGGACUGGUGGCUGUGGAUAAGGGCGUCACUGUCCUCAACAACAAACACAGACUUACUCAGAAAAAGAUAUGGGAUGUGGUGGAGAAGUAUGACACAGGCUGUACAGCAGGAAGUGGACAGAACAGUAUGGGAGUCUUCUACGAUGCUGGCCUGAUGUUUGAGACCAACACCGCCUCAGGAACAAACAUCAGAACCGAGCCAAACUGUCCAGUCAGGACCAGGAGGAGGCGGGCUGUCACAGAAUUUCAAGUCAGAAUUAAUCUGGAGGCCAAGUACCAGUCGCUGGAGAGGGAGUGUUGUGUCAGCGGUAUGAAGCAGAACGCUCUGGAGUACUCGUGUUCGCGGCGUGCCAAGUUUGUCACCGAAGGGGUUGCCUGCGAAAAUGCCUUCAAGUACUGCUGUGAACAGAUGGAGGCUGAGAGGAAGAAAAACAUCCAUGAAGAGCUUGACCUGGCACGCAGUAAUGAAGAUGACGCCUCGUACCUCAGUCCAGAUGAGAUCACGUCUCGUACUAAUUUCCCUGAGAGCUGGCUGUGGAACGAAUACACCCUGCCCUCCUGUCCUCCAGGCAAAACAUGUGAAACUACAUCAGCCAAUCAGGUCACUGCCAUGCCGGACUCCAUCACUACCUGGCAGAUUACCGCCAUCAGCCUAUCUAAAGAGAACGCUAUCUGUGUGACUGAGCCCUUUGAGAUGGUGGUUCUGAAGGACUUCUUCAUUGACCUGAGGCUGCCCUACUCUGCCGUGUACAACGAACAGCUGGAGGUCAAAGCCGUCCUUCACAACUACAAAUUAAAUCAAAUCAAAGUGCGUGUUUAUCUCAUAGAGAACGAGAACAUCUGCAGCUCGGCCAACAAACAGAAACAAUAUGUCAAAGAUGUGACUGUAGAGGCGGAGUCUACGCUGGUGGUGCCCUACGUCAUGAUCCCCAUGAAGCUGGGCGAGCAGAACAUCGAGGUCAAGGCCUCCGUCUUUGAGUCAGGCUUACAGGACGGCGUAGUGAAGAUCCUGCGUGUGGUGCCUCCAGGGGAGUUGAUCACUAAACUGGUUUCAGUCGAACUGGACCCCUCCAAGUCAGGAGGUGUGGAGAAGAAAGAUCUCAAGAGUGCCGUGCCCCAGAACCAGGUUCCAAACACACCUGCCAGCACAGAAAUCAAUGUUAUAGGAGGGGAUCAGACUAGCGUGCUGGUGGAGAGUGUUGUGAGUGGCAGCACCAUGGGCAGCCUGAUCCAACAGCCAGUGGGAUGUGGAGAACAGAACAUGAUCUACAUGACCCUGCCCGUCAUCGCCACCCGCUACCUGGACACCACCAGACAGUGGGAAUCUAUCGGCCUGGAGAAGCGAGCUACCGCUAUCAAUUACAUCCGACUUGGGUACCAGAGGGAGGCAGCUUAUGGUAAACCCGAUGGCUCCUAUGCGGCCUGGAUAGACAGACCCAGCAGCACCUGGUUGACAGCGUAUGUAACCAAGGUGUUUGCCAUGUCGAGCUCGCUGAUCGCUAUAGACUCCAAAGUGGUGUGUAAGGCCGGGGAGUGGCUGAUCCUGAAAUCCCAGCAGCCUGACGGCAGUUUCCAGGAAAACGCUCCUGUCAUCCACGGAGAGAUGACCGGAGACGUAGCAGGCUUGGAUACAGAUGCCUCGAUGACUGCCUUCGUACUCAUUGCGUUGCAGGAGGCACGCCCUUUGUGUGAGCAGACCAUCAGAAGUAUGACAAGUAAUAUGAACAAGGCAGUGGCUUACCUACAGAAACGUCUGCCCGAUAUCAAAAACCCCUAUUCUGUUGCCAUGGUAUCCUACGCCAUGGCCAACCAUGGCGCACUUGACAAGGGUCUGCUUCUUAAGUCCUCUACAGGUCUAGACCACUGGCAGGUCCCCAGGGGAUCUGGAACGUUCACCCUGGAGGCCACUGCCUACGCUCUGCUGGCCCUGCUGAAGGCUGAUGCUCUGCAGGAGGCAGGGCCCAUCGUCAAGUGGCUUAGUCUGCAGGGUAGGAGUGGUGGUGGCUAUGGAUCUACCCAGGCAACUAUCAUGGUGUACCAGGCAGUGGCUGAGUAUUGGUCCAAAACCCAAAACGUGAAGGAGUUUGACCUGCAAGUAGAUAUCCAUGUAGCUGGCAGGGCGAAGCCAGACAAGUGGAAUAUUAACAGGAGAAACCAAUUUGUCACCAGAACCACAAAGGUCCCGGAUGUCAAUCAGAACCUGACAGUGGAAGCCAGAGGAGUUGGCACCGCCACCAUAUCUGUGCUGACUCUGUACUAUGCCGUCUUGGACAAAAAGAAUCCUGGCUGUAAUGACUUUGACCUGGAAGUGGAAAUGGUGAAAGAAGGAAAAGCAUCUUACCCUCUUGCUGAAGCAACCUACUUGCUGAAAAUAAAGACAAGAUAUAAGAGCAAGGAAAGAGAUGCCACCAUGUCGGUUCUCGACAUUGGCCUGCUAACUGGCUUCAUAGUGGACAUUGGGGAUCUGACAAAGUUGAAGGAAGGGAAAGAUCGCUACAUUGAGAAAUUUGAGAUGGACAAGGCUCUGUCUGAAAGAGGCUCCCUCAUUAUCUAUCUGAAUCAGGUGUCUCACACAGAGUGGGACCAUGUGAACUUCAGGAUCCACAGUGUUGAUAAGGUUGGGGUCCUACAACCUGCAGCAGUGACUGUGUAUGAGUAUUAUCAGAAAUCCCGUUGUAGGGUGUUUUACCAUCCACAGCGAACGGAUGGAGGCCUUCUGAGACUGUGUUCCGGGAAGGACCAAAGCAUCUGUAAAUGUGCUGAAGAGAACUGCAGCAUGCAGAAGAAGCUGGGCUUAGAAGAUAGCGACCGUUCUGAAAAGGCCUGUGAGGUCACAAAAGACCAGUCAGUGGAUUACGUAUUCAAAGUCCAGAUGGAGAAGAUGGUCCCAGAUGCCACUACAGACAUGUACACCAUGAGGAUAGUGGACGUCCUCAAAGAAGGCAUUGAUAAGGGUGUGAUAGGAAAUCUGCGUGAGUUUGUGGCCUUUGCUCUCUGCAGAGAAAGUCUGGGCCUUCAGGAGGGGAAAACGUACCUCCUCAUGGGUGUCUCCAAGGACGUCUAUAAACCCAGAGAGGGAGCCAAUGUUGAGUACCAGUAUGUCCUGGGUGAGCAGACCUGGGUGGAGUACUGGCCCACACCAGCAGAGUGCCCGAAACAGCCCUACCGGCAGACCUGUAGGGGGUUGGACAAGCUGGUGACUGAGCAGAAGAUUGAAGGCUGCCCACAAAAAUAAGUCUGGAAGUUUCCAAAAUGACCGCUUACUGUCUACCAAUUUUGCCAAUUGUUGGAUUCUAAAAUGUAUUAAAUAAUUACAUGUGACAAAAUAAAAUGUCAGCUAAAAUGUAAGCAUGUGUCUUACAUUGGCACAGUCAGCAACGUGUGGUUACCAUGGCACCCUCCUGCUUUGGCGGAAAUGAUCAUUAAAGUGAAAUUCUUGCUUCUAAUAAA